CAGGUCCGCGGUGCUGGGCUUGGAACGGGCCGCAAUUGGGAAGCGGCAUCGCGCAGCCGUCUGGGUCAGAGCUCCAUACCUUACUGAAUUUCAUCACCGCAGUUUCCCAACACAAUGCAUGCUUAGAUUCGCCUUCACGUGUUGAUAGCCACGGGCCCUGCAGCAGCCCACUGAUUUUUACCGCGCGGACGCCGAUGGACUAAAGCCAGUAAUAACUCACUUCACAUAUCCGAUUCGGCUCAUGACGCGGUGCUCGUCAUGGAGAAUCUCACCAUUUCCGACCCUCCCCCUCCUCUGCAGCAGGGCGGGCCCGGGGGGGUACCCCCCGUGCUAGGGCGGCCCCCUCCGCCGCCCCAGCAACUGCCUGCCCAGAUGUUCACCACCGCCGCUCAACUUCUCGAUCUCACCGACAAAAAGCUCAUGGUAGCACUGCGCGACGGACGAAAGCUUCUGGGAAUCUUGCGCAGCUGGGAUCAGUUUGCAAACCUGGUUCUGCAGUCCACCAAGGAGAGGAUUUUUGUGCCGCCCGGGACGGCGCCCAACCAGACCCGGGGCCUGUAUGCAGACAUCGACCGCGGCCUCUUCCUCGUGCGGGGAGAGAACGUGCUCCUGAUGGGCGAGAUCGACCUCGACAAGGACGAUGACCCGCCUCCCGGAUAUGACCUGGCCGACCUGGAGCUUGUUCAGAGCCUGGCCAAACGGAGAAAACAGCAAGACAAAGCCAAGGAGAAGAAAAAGAUUAAGAUGCUGGCCACCGAGGGUUUUGAGGGCGAGAACCUGGGUGAAAUUCUUCUGUGAUGUAGGAAAAGGGGGGGAAAGUCGACGGGGAGACUGGUGGUUUGGAGGCAGAAUAUUGUGAAAUGCCAUCCAUCCACUUCGGCGGUUUAUUCAGAGUCUCCAAGGUCUCAUACAUGAGAGGCCCUGGAACAGAGCAUCGAGCUACUAUGCAAUUUACGACAUGGACCUGGCCCAUUUUGCGGCCGCACCCGUGAACCACUUACUUCA